AUGGUUGCUCCUGAGCCAGAGGACAUGCACUUAGAGGAUGCCAUCCAAGCAACACAGAGCUUGUUUUUGCGCGAGCUGCCCUCACAUGUCUGUGUUGGCCCCAUGCCUCGUGGUGCCAUUGGCCCUUUGGAUCUUCCUUUGAAAGAUUUGGAUGAGAGUUCGCCUGCCAUCAAGCACUAUGUGGACUUGAUCUUGGAUAUCCCCAAGGAUUCUGUGGAUGUUGUCAGCCUCAAAGCAAUCUUCCGAGAUCAGGCCUGGGAUGAGUUGCCUGCCUUCAUGAAACCAAAGGUUCGUCCCUCCUUUGAAACCAUCACUCAGUACAUCCUGCUUCCUCAAUCUGACGGCCAGCUUUGUCUUCUCAAGCACGUCUACAUCACCAAUGAGAAGGUCAGUGGAAGCUAUGUCGCCACCUUGCUGCAUGGAACUGGCCGUGAGAUUGCAUGGGGCAAUGGCAAUAAAAAAGUUGUCAGGAAGGCAUUUCAAUGGAUGCUGGAGCAGCUUGGUGGCACACAAUUUCGGAAAUUCAUUCUCACACCUGAGAAGAAGAAGCAAGCACUUGCAUCGCAAGCUCCUGAAGAAGAGGGAUGGACUUUUCUUCGAGAGCAUGGUGAGCUUGACAAGAGUGAUCUUAAACAACUUCGCUGGAUCCACUUCCACAUCAACCGAGAUGACUCCCCCAUCAAAGGUUGGCCGGAGCGUCUCGUUCAGAAGGCUUUAGACUCCCUUGCCAAUGACUCUACUAUUGCAAAGUUGUGUGAGCGAUAUGACUUGACCAUCUCUGACGUCGACCCUGAGGUCCGUUCCUUGCUUGAAAUCAUCGUGCCGCACCUACGAGAUCAUGCUCUGUGGCUUCUUGGAGAGCCUGGGAAAGGCAAAACUCCAUUGGGCAGGAUCCUGGCCAUGAUGUUUUCUCGGUUUCAUGGCGGUAGCGGCACCUUCCGAACAUCCAAUGACCUUGACUUCUUCAAAGGCAUCCCAUUCACCAAGUGGGUGCCCGCACUUUAUGAUGAUGGCAGCAUCGGUGAUGAAGAGACUAAGAAAAAAAAGGCAUUCUCAGACGUGGGUGAUGAUGAGUCGAUGACUCGCGCAAGGUGGACCAGUGCCAAAUUCGUGCGAAAUCAGCUCAGAAUCGUUCUUGACAACACCUACAACCCCGAGCAGGAGCCAGAGGAUUCUAUGACAGAAGCAGACUUGGUGGUGUCCCAUGAAGACUUCCUCCGGAUCAUCAGGCCAGCGCUGGGGACUAUGUCUCCUACGGAUGCAAUGGCGAUCCUCAAGCGCAGUGCCUUCAUGAUCUUUGGGAAGAAGCACAUUACCUACCGUUUGCCCUCUGAAACUCCCAUUCAGGCCCAUCGCAUUCGCUACACCAAGGCCAGCAUCAUCUUGAAUUCCUCAAGACCAAUUUUACGCAACUACAAGGAAGGUGGCCCCAUUCCUUUGGACUAUGAAGAUCACACAGCUUGGGAGACAGCCUGGCUGCAAGAAGCUAUUCGAAAGAAUGCUGAAGAACAUCGACGACACUUGGAAGUGAAGGCACAGGAAGAGCAGGUCCUUGCUAUGAACACUGGCCCAGUUGUCAAGAUGGAGGCAGAAGAGUAUCAUGAUGGGAAUGCUUCCCUUGCCCGAGAGACUGCACGAGAUCCCAUCGAUUGCGACAUUGAUCGUGCGAGCGCUGGGUGGACCAACUGGGACGCUCCUUUGUCUGUUCCUGUCAAGCAAGAACCGCGGGUCUUCCACAGGUUGCGAACACCUCCACGUGGCAUUAUCAGCCUUGAUUCUCCAUCGCCUGCGAAGCGUGUUUGCGUACGACCACCGGUGAAUCCAGGCAAUCUUCCGGGCUUGCCUCGUGUGUCAGAAGAUGAUGAUGGAAUGCCUGCUGUUGGCCACCUUCUUGAUUUUGAUUUCCCCGAUGCUUCUGGAGGUGCUGGCUACAGAGAUGUCUGCCUUAUAGUCUCCCUUCAGAACCUUGGUCUGCCUGUUACAUGUGAAUCUGAUGGUCCCUUCUCCAUCUCCUUUGGCAACACACUCUUGAAACCAUUUGGUGUUCAGCUGUGUCAUCAUGAUCGACCCUUUCUUCAAGAUGGUAAGUACAUUGUGCAUGACGCAGAGAAGAUGCAUUUCUUUUCUUUGGUUAUGCAUGAGGGCUUUGUGCAGGUCAUUGACAACGCUUCUGUUGUCCAGGUCACCUUGACUUUCUUGAAAUCGCUGCUGGAGGAUGCAAACUUCACCUUCUACAAGUGUCAGGUUGUGCGUUGCCCUAUCAGAACUCAGAAAGAUGUCCUUGGUGGUGCAGGAGUUCUGUCAAAGAAUGUGUACACUACUCAUAUGAAAACUUGUUUCUGCGGGCACCGCAGCAUGUGUGUCGGGCAUGAAAUUCGCGCUGUGGUGUACACUCUUGGAGGAGAAUGCAGCACUACAGUUCGAACGAUGAGAUGCAAUUCACGUGCCUGCCGGACGACUUUUGGGCCAAACUUCUUUGUUGAGAAUGGCAACAAAGUCAACACGGCCGCUCCUGAGGAUGUGUCCGAUGUUCUCUUUGUGAACAUGAAGGUUGGGUUUGCUGUGAAUUACCUCAAGUACCAUGUCGGGUUGGAAUUCCGGGCGUCUGUGCCUGCCCGUGCGGCUCAGGAUGUCUAUGACAAUGUUUUCGGCCACUCGUGCAAGGAACAGCAAUUCCGCAAGCUUCAUGGAGAUGCUUUGAUGUAUUGGCUUACUUUGAAUGAGUUGACCCCCUUGAAGUUGCACAAAAACAUUGUGAUUGGUCAGGAGCUCUCCCCAGAAUCUUUGAAGGCCUAUGACUCUUACCUGCACGAGAAGAUUUUUCCUCCUUCCACCGUGCAGCGUGCCAAAGUCUUUGAGGUUGUCGGCGACGGUCAUACCAAGGUCCAUGUCAAGUGCGGAGAAACAACCACACAUCAGGGUCGUCCCCGCAAAAAUGGCAAGUCAAAGCCUUAUGGGCAUGGAUGGUUCAUGAUGGUGAAUCCUCGAGACCAAAGGAUUCUUGCUGUGUCUUGCAUGAGCCAGCCAGAAAACAAUCCCAUUGUGCACAGCUCUUUGCUCACGAUCUUGCCAAAGUACAAGAACUUGGACGGUUUUGUCAUGGAUCGUGUCUGUGGCUUUGCACCCAAAGCCAAAGAAGACUCUGACCUGAAACAGAUCAAGUAUUGGGCCAUCGAUCAUUUCCAUGCUCUGCGACACAAGCAGACCUGUGCCUACAACCCCUUGUAUGUGAAGCGCUUGGGAAAGCGAUUCAAGGGCAUCAACUUGUCUGCCGCCGAGCAAGUCUUCAGUUGGUUUCGCAAUUACGCACGCAUUCUCAAUGAGGCUCGCCCCCUUCGUCAUUCCUUCAAGGUCCUGUACUUUGUCAAGCAGCACAACAUGGCCAUUCGCUUCAAAAAGGCAACAUAUCUCAACAAGCAUCAGCGCCUCCCCAAGAAGACUUCCAAGAGCUAUGCCUGCAGCAAGAAGGUGUCCAAGGUCAUGAAGAAGUGA